UCAAUUCAAUUCGGUUCAAUUCAACGAGCAUUAACAUUAAGCUACUGUGCAGGCAGCGUGCUAGGGACAAAAAGGAGAGACAAAAAGAAGACAAAUCCCUAAUUUCAAAUAUCUUUCAUCCGUCUGCGGGGCGGCAAUGGAGGGGAUAGGGGGUGAGUAAGUCUUGUACACAGAUCACUCAUCUGGGAUUCCAGUGGUUUAGAGAAUUUCCCAGGAGAAAACUCGGCCAGUGCAGGUUAGCAACCCGUCUUCCAGUUGUAGUUUUUGAAUGCUUAGCGUGCUGAGAGCUUAAGUGACUUACUCUCCCUGUGUCACCCAGCAGGAUGUGAUCAGAAGGACUUGAGAGGAAAAUUUUCCUGACUUUAAGGCCAGCCCUAUCUAUCCACUUCUCCAUGCUGCUUUUCCCUGUAGAAUACCUACAGAGCAAAUGCAAAAUAAUUUUAGUGGGGGUGGUAUGGAGAAAAGCACAAGCAUCCAGCAGAGAGCAAUCAGGAAAGGCCUUCUAUAGAAAGGAGCACCUGAAGUGCGCUUUUGAAAAAAGAUAAGGAUCCCAAUAGGUCAUCUUCUAAAGAGGGAAAAAGAGGGGCAGAGUCAAAGAAUGUAAUUUUGGGGGAACAUGAGUAUUCUAGGCCAAUUUUAGCAUGAUUGUGAAAUCAAUCUGCAAAAGUAGGUUGGAAUCUGAUUGUGAAGGGCUUGUGUCAGUGCUAUCUUCUGGACUAUAGAGAGUCAGUGAAACUUCUUGAGCUGGUGUGACAUGCUUAGAUAUGUGCUUUAGAAAUAAUAAUUUAUGCUUGCUGCCUAGGGGAAGAAGGUAAUGAAGGAGGGAGGAAGAAAAUGUGAAACUCAAAAAAUAUAUUUUAAAAUAAUGUUGAAAAGUUGUCUUUACAUGUAAUUGGGAAAAACAAAAUAUUUAAAAAUAAAAAUUAGAAAUAAUAUUUGACGACGUGGAAAAUGAACUGGAGAAGGGAGAAACUGGAUGCUCAGGAGACCAGUUCUGAGACUAGAAGUGUUCGGGUAAGAGGUAAUAAAGGCCUAGACGAGGAUGGUGAGGAGCAGUGGAAUACAAGGAUCUUGUGGAAAUAUAAUCACUGGGAACUUGACACGUGAUUGGAUGCUGGCGUUAGAGUGAAAUUGGAAAGUUAGCUUGAGAUUUCAAAACUAGGUGAGUUAAAUGAUAGUGGAAGGGAUAGCGGUGACCUCUCCGGAUGAGGAAAUCGAGGCUCGAUAGAAGCGUGAUCUCCCCAGUAGAAUGCUAAACGGUUUGUAGGAAUUCAAACCCAGGUCAAGGUCCUCACUGCACCACAGUUGGACGAUUCUUUAAGUCCCGCGUCUUCGACCGGUACUUAAUAUGCAUUGUGGGGGGAUUGUUAUGUCACCGCACCAAUUUGUGUUCAGGAUUUCCGAAGACUGGAAGUUCCAGCAACAAGGCCAAUUGGUCCCUGCACCUUCAGAGAGACCUUCGCCGUCUCACCUCUCAUUCUCAUUUUUCCUCUUCUUUCCUCCCUUCCCCUUCCCCUCCCCUUCUAUAGGAGGCGGGACCCGAGCGGAACUCAACAGCUCUGGUACUCGAACUCCAGAAAAAUUGAAACUCCGGGGUCGCCGCUCCCGUUUAGCCGAACGCCUCUUCCCCCGACCCUGCUCCCCACUUUCAUGUGUUUCUAGUUUUCUUCGAUGCACCCGCCAGCCCCAGCCCCCGGCGCCACGGUGGCGCUGGCUGCGGUUGCGACAGGGUCCCCACCCUCACUAUCCCAGCAGCCUGUAAUCAGGAGCUCCACUGACGUACAGCUGGGGGCCAGCCCGGUUUUCCCGCCCCCGCCUCGCUUUGGUCCGACUCGAUUUUAAUUCCCUUGAGGCGCAGAGAUGGCGGGGCCGCCGCACCUGCCGGGCAGCCUGGCCGGAUGUGUAUAGGAAGAAGAGAACGGGCGGACUGGGGAGAAGUGGACCAGAUGUGUUAGAGACAGAUGUGAGUUCUGGAUUUACCCGUUUGGGGCUCCUUCCCUUGGGUAGGGAAGAGAAGAACAAUAUGGAGAUGGGGAUGGCGAUGGCGAUGGCGGUGGCGGUGGAGGUUUAAGAACUUUUACUCCCUGUUUGCUCAGUCCAAGCUAUGGGAAAGGCACAGAGGCAGAUCUGGUCCUCAGGGAACUCACUGUCUGUGGCAGAGACUGGAAACAACCCAGUAAGGCUUGAAACAGCUGAGCCCCUGUCCCAUCACUAUUGUGAGGAGUGUGACUCAGGCCGGCCUAGCUCGCGAUCAGGAGGCAGGAGCACUCAAUAGGCUUCAUCAGAGAGCCUGGGGCCCAGAACCUAAUUGGGUCUGGGGGCCUAAGAGACAGCGUUGUUUGCCCAAACGGGGUCCGAGCAUCCCCACAAACCCUAGGUGCCAAUCCCCUAGGUUCCCGGCUGGAGCUGCGGCUGUUCUUUGGAGACCAAAAAGAAGUGUCCAAAAGGCUAAUGUCUGGGACACAGAGGGCUGAGUGACAGGCCCCGGUGACCUCGGAUAAUGUUUCGGCAGCCAGCGGUCCUGGCCCCGGCUCUGGCGGUCCUCUUGCUCCUGCAGCCCCUGCCCCCCGCCAGCUCCCGCCCACCCUCAGGCCCUGACUACUUGCGGCGAGGCUGGCAGCGGCUUCUGGAUGAGGGAGAGGGCUGUGGGCCCUGCCAGCCGGAGGAGUGCCCCACGCCGCGGGGCUGCUUGGCAGGGCGUGUCCUGGACGCGUGCGACUGCUGCUGGGAGUGUGCGAACCUGGAGGGCCAACUCUGUGACCUAGACCCCGAUGGGCAUUUUUAUGGGCGCUGCGGGGAUCACCUGGAGUGCCGCCUGGACGCGGGCGGGGCCCUGCACCGCGGAGAAGUGCCCGAGCCCCAGUGUGUCUGCCGCUCUACCAGCCCGCUCUGCGGUUCCGACGGGCGCACCUACGCACAGAUCUGCAGCUUCCAGGAGGCCGCUCGGGCCUGGCCGCAGGCCAACCUCAGUGUAAUGCACCCCGGGCCCUGCGAAGCGGAACCCCAGAUCCUGUCCCCACCUCGGGAUGUGUGGAAUGUGACUGGCCAGGAUGUGAUAUUCGGCUGUGAAGUGUUUGCCUAUCCAAUGGCCUCCAUUGAGUGGAGAAAGGAUGGGACAGAGACGCUGCUACCCGGAGAUGAUCCCCAUAUCUCUGUGCAGUUCAGGGGGGGCCCGCAAAGAUUCGAAGUGACUGGCUGGUUGCAGAUCCAGGCUGUUCGAAUGAGUGACGAGGGUACUUACAGAUGCCUUGCCCGAAAUGCCUUGGGCCAGACCACAGCCCCAGCUAGCCUCACCGUGCUCACCUUGGAUCAGCUGAACAACAAAAGCAUCCCUCUACUUAAUUUUUUGAGCCCGACUCUUGAAGAGGAGGCUGACAGUGAAGAGGGGGAUGACUAUUACUAGCCUACCGUGACUCCCUAAAAUAAUGCUCCCCGAAUGGUUCCUGGACCAGUUACUUCAGCUUUCUUGAGCAACGACCAUUCCCUCUCCUCCCUUCCCAAAUGAUAUGGGAAGUGGAAGGCUGGGGAGGGUGUAGGAGUUCUGAUUUCCUUGGGCUGGAAACAUACCAACCCCUUGGGAUGGGAGUUGAGAGAAGUGUUUUUAGUGACUGAUUCUUUCCUAUCCACCAGCCCCAAAAGAGGUGUUCUGGAGGAACAAUGGUCUCUAACACAGUCAGGGAACAAAAAGGUCUGGGAAGGUCUUUUAUUGGAAUGACCUAGAUUCCAGGGCACCACAGACUUAAAGGUAAAAAUGGCACAUAGUACAUAACUAUGACUCUUACAGGAAUCUGGGAAAUAACCUAGCUCUGGAGCUGAUGGUGAUGACAGAAAUGGAGCCUCCUGGCUCCAUCCUGAGUAGUUAUCCAGACUGGUAGGCUUUGGCCAAAAAGUUGAUGAAAUCCUUUAAUUCUCAACUUGGGGUAGUCAGAGUGUCUUGAACCCCCCCCCCCACACACACACAAACUAUCUUCACUCCUUUGACUUUACUGAUUCUGCUCCUUUCCAACAUACUUUUCCUAUCCAGCUCUUUUAUCCUUUGAAGCAGAAUAUUCCCCCAUGAAGCCUCUGUUCAUACCACGAGAUGUUGUCUUAUAUCCCACUCCUACAAGUUGUGUUUUAUAACUUAUUAUCUGUGUCCAUGUCAUUUCUGCUAUUCUGUAUAAGUCUCAUUUCUUUUUUUAUUUGUGUAAAUGUCUUAACCUCCCUUACUAGAUUGUGAGCUCUAUAUUAGAUAAGGAAACCUUGAUGUAUAAUUCACCUUUGUAUUCCCACUCAGUUCCUAACCUUGCAGAUACAUAAAAUAAUGUUCAACAAAUAUUUGUUGAAUGAAUAUAGUGAAUAGGCACAAACACAAAGGGAGAUACAAACACAUGUCAGUAAGUGCACAUAUGUAAACAGAUGUAUGCUAUAUGUAGAUGAUAGCCUUCUUCUGGCUCUAAAUCCUAUGAUCUCAUCUCCAGCAUCCAAACCAAUGCUUUGUACAUAGGAGAUACUUAAUAAAUGUCCUUUGAAUGUUGAACAAGCUCCCUUAUUUAGAUACCGAAAAUCAAAUGCAUACAUGUAAAUAAGCAUCUGUGCACAUCAUCUCAUUGAGUAAUGUAAUUAGCCUGGGGCUUCAGACACAUGCUGACCAGAUGAUUUUCCCACCCCAAGAGAGACUCUGGGGUGAUAGAGGGAAGAUUUGAGUUUCUAGGGAGUUAGUGAGUUUAAAUCCUUUAUGAGGAAUUUCUUGAAACUGUUACAUGUCUUGCCUCCUCACCUAAACUGGAGAAUAGAUUUGGGUCCCGAGUUCUGCAAGGAGGUGUUUCCUUAAAACAUCUAAAUCAAGAAAAGAGUGUGGUGUGGUUGUGUGUGUGUGUAAGCUUGCUUCAAGAUAGCUGAAUGAGAUUCUCUUCAGGUGUUCCCUGCCUAGGUAGUCUAAUGGAAUCUUCCAAUCCCUCCAGAAAGGUGGAUUCUCCCUGAUUUCUUUAUUAUGGCCUUUCUGAGACUAGGCUAGAUCUUCUAGCUCUUGAUUCUGCCCACUCCUUAACCGAUCAUCCCCACCCUAACUCGAGUUUUCUUUAAUGAUAGACUAGGCAAGAACAAAAAUAAAGAGUGGAGCAUUUAUUCUUUGCCCACAGAUUUUUUUUUUUUGGGAGGGAAGUGUGACCUGGAAAGUAUUCCCAAAUUAUAGGCAUACUCCUCAUCCCCAAUCUCUUUCCCAGCUGGAGCUGGAAUUAAACUUGGCCCUAAAGCUGAUGGUGAAGACAGAAAUGGGAAAGACCAGAAUCCUCUUGGAUCCCUGCCUGGGAGGUAUCCAACAGGGGGUUGGCUAAGAGCCUGAGGUAGUCCAUUAGUAUUCAAUGGGAUAAAGUUGAAGAGAAAGGGCUGGUGGUGUUCUGACCCUCUAUUUCACCGAUGAGCCCCUGACCAGGGGAAAGAGAAAGUAGUAGACUAGGAUGAUCCCACACCCUUUUCUUUUUCUUUUUUUUUUUAAAGUAACUUUUUAUUGACAGAACCAUGCCAGGGUAAUUUUUUACAGCAUUAUCCUUUGCACUCACUUCUGUUCCGAUUUUUCCCCUCCCUCCAUUCACCCCUUCCCCCAGAUGGCAAGCAGUCCUUUACAUGUUAAAUAUGUCUCAGGAUAUCCUAGAUACAAUAUAUGUGUGCAAUACAAUACAGUUCUCUUAUUGCACAGGGAGAAUUGGAUUCAGAAGGUAUAAAUAACCUGGGAAGAAAAACAAAAAUGCAAGCAGUUUAUAUUCAUUUCCCAGUGUUCUUUCUCUGGGUGUAGCUGCUUCUGUCCAUCUUUGAUCAAUUAAGGCUCUCUUUAUCGAAGAGAUCCACUUCCAUCAGAAUACAUCCUCAAACAGUAUCAUUGUUGAGGUAUAUAAUGAUCUCCUGGUUCUGCUCAUUUCACUUAGCAUCAAUUCAUAUAAGUCUCUCCAAGCCUCUCUGUAUCCAUCCUGCUGGUCAAUCCUUACGGAACAAUAAUAUUCCAUAACAUUCAUAUACCACAAUUUACUUAACCAUUCUCCAAUUGAUGGGCAUCCAUUCAUUUUCCAGCUUCUAGCCACUACAAACAGGACUGCCACAAACAUUUUGGCACAUACAGGUCCCUUUCCCUUCUUUAGUAUCUCGUUGGGGUAUAAGCCCAGUAGUAAUACUGCUGGAUCAAAGGGUAUGAACAGUUUGAUAACUUUCUGAGCAUAGUUCCAAACUGCUCUCCAGAAUCAGUGUCCCUGUUUUCCCACAUCUGCUCCAACAUUCCCCAUUAUCUUUCCCUGUCAUUCUAGCCAAUCUGACAGGUGUGUAGUGGCAUCUCAAAGUUGUCUUAAUUUGCAUUUCUCUGAUUAAUAAUGAUUUGGAGCAUAUUUUCAUAUGUCUAUAAACAGUUUCAAUUUCUUUGUCUGAGAAUUGUCUGUUCAUGUCCUUUGACCAUUUAGCAAUUGGAGAAUGGUUUGAUUUCUUAUAAAUUAGAGUCAAUUCUCUAUAUAUUUUGGAAAUGAGGCCUUUAUCAGAACCUUUGACUGUAAAAAUGUUUUCCCAGUUUAUUGUUUCCCUUCUAAUCUUGUCUGCAUUUGUUUUGUUUGUACAAAAACCUUUUGAUAUAAUCAAAAUUUUCUAUUUUGUGGUCAAUAGUGAUCUCUAAUUCUUCUUUGGUCAUAAAUUUCUUCCUCUUCCACAGGUCUGGGAGGUAAACUAUCCUAUGCUCUUCCAAUUUAUUUAUAAUCUCAUUCUUUAUGCCUAGCUCAUGGACCCAUUUUGACCUUAUCUUGGUGUAUGGUGUUAAGUGUGGGUCAAUGACUAGUUUCUGCCAUACUAAUUUCCAAUUUUCCCAGCAGUUUUUGUCAAAUAAUGCAUUCUUAUCCCAAAAACUGGGAUCUUUGGGUUUGUCAAACACUAUAUUAUUAAAGUUAUUGGCUGUUUUGUCCUUUGAACCUAA